GAUCACAGCAGCUUCUUCAAAAUCUUUGAAAAUUCAAACUCAAAUUCUUCUUGUCAUCUUCGAUCAGUUUAUUCAACCUUGCCAAAAACAAGAAUGGUUGUGCCUUCUCCUUCUCCAAUGCGAACCAAGAAAACAAGAGCGAUUGGGAUUCCUACCAUUGAUCUUUCACUCAGCAAGGCAAAGUUAUUAGAGCUAAUCGUAAAAGCAUGUGAAGAGUAUGGAUUCUUUAAAGUCACUAACCAUGGGGUACCCAGGAAUAUAAUAUCAAGAUUGGAAGAGGAAGGGACUGGUUUUUUUGCGAAAUCGGCAAUGGAAAAACAACGAGCUGGGCCUGCCAGGCCUUUUGGUUAUGGUUGCAAGAACAUCGGCUUAAAUGGUGAUUCGGGUGAACUUGAAUAUCUUCUUCUUCACACUAAUCCUUUCUCCAUAUCCGAAAGAUCCAAAGCUAUCUCAAAUGACCCCGUAAAUUUCAGUUGUGCGGAUGAUUAUGUAGGAGCGGUUAGAGAUUUAUCAUGCCAAAUUCUUGAUCUGCUGGCUGAGGGGUUGGGGGUCCCAGAUAAGUUCGCCUUCAGUAGACUCAUCAGAGACGUUCACAGUGACUCACUACUUAGGCUAAAUCAUUAUCCUCCUGUCAAUGAUUGGGACCCAUCAACUAAACUUCACCACCAGCGGCAUCAAUGUUUGAACAACAGGGUUGGAUUUGGGGAACAUUCUGACCCUCAGAUCUUGACCCUUUUGAGAUCUAACGAUGUGGGAGGCUUUCAGAUCUUUUUACAUGAUCAUGGGCUGUGGGUUCCAGUCCCACCCGACCCUACCGAAUUCUACGUGCUUGUUGGUGAUGCAUUGCAGGUUUUGACAAAUGGGAGAUUGACAAGUGUAAGACAUCGGGCAAUAGCGUACUCGACGAAGCCAAGAAUGUCGAUGAUGUACUUUGGGGCACCACCCCUUGAUGCGUGGAUUACUUCUCUCCCAGAGAUGGUUUCUUCUGAGAGACCAAAUCUAUACAAGUCUUUCACUUGGAAUCAAUAUAAACAAGCUGUCUACUCCUUGAAGCUAGGGGAUACACGUCUUGACCAAUUCAAGAUUAAUGCCGACGAUUAAGCGUCAUGACUUCCAAAACCAACCUUAAUUAUUCUAUGCUACAACACAAAUUUACUAAUAGGUUAUAAAUAUAUUAUGAUUUAUGGCAUUGGCCAUGGCUACCUCACAAAUUCAACUCUCUGGGUCAUUGUAUUUUCUCACUUACCUUCCAAUGGUUAAUCCAUUUAUUAACUCAGCCUUUAUCUUGCGUGUAUUCAGUAAGGGGAAUAUAAUUUCAGUAAAAUGGUAAAUCCUUUUGUACUCGGUGAAACUGUUUAUGUAUAAUAAAUUUCUUUUUUAUAUA